CGUGCACUUUGGAAACAUUCCAAGCCUGCUAACUCAAAUAUGAAUUUCUCUCUCCUCUCUCUCACAUUUCCCUUCGUUUCAACAAAAGUGUGUGGCGACACAUUCAAAACCCUCUCCCAAAAUCCACGGUUUUCACACACUUGCUACGUCACAUCCCAUGUAUGAAAAGCCCAAGUUAAAUAGAUAAAUAUUAUUCAGACUGACUCGGUUACACACACAUAGUUACAAUUUUUCUCACUUUCUUUCCAUCUUCUCAUUUCAUUAUCUCGCCAGCUCUAAUCUUUCAAAUUUCCACUCUUUUUACCGCAGUUUGAAACAUUCAUUCUAUCUUAUUCUACACAGCCCCCUUCAAUUGUUUUAAAAUUUAUAAUUCUUCAAUAUAUAUGAUGAUGCAUUUUCGACAUUCCUAGUUAGUUAAAGCGUUACAUAUGAUGCUUGUGAGUUUGAAUUCAAUUAGUUGAGGCGAAACAGUUAUAUUAUCACAAUGGGAAACAAUUGUGUUCACGGCAAGAUCAACGAAGAAGGCGCUCUCUACGCCGUUUCGCGCCUAUUUUGGCCGCCGUCGAAAUCACCAGAAGACGCGAGCGCUUGCCGCGAAGAAAAAGGCGGUCCAGCCGGCGUUGCCAGCACGCCUCCAAAGCCGAUGAAAAUCGAGCACGAAUUAGUCAAGCCGGUGAUCAUCGAUGUAAUUAGGAAAGCUCCACAGACAGAGCAAGUGAUCAUGAUCGUGACGGAGAAACCGAAACCGCCACCCAAAAAACCUAACGCCGUUAAGAGGAAGAUGAGCAUAGGCCUGGAGGUAGACUCGGUGCUCCGAACCAAAACAGGGCAUUUGAAGCAGCGCUUCGAUUUAGGCGACAAGCUCGGGCACGGCCAGUUCGGAACCACGUUCCUCUGCACCGAGAGGAAAACAGGCAACAAAUAUGCCUGCAAAUCCAUCGCAAAGAGGAAAUUGCUGAACAAGGAGGAUCUGGAAGACGUGAGGAGAGAGAUCGAGAUCCUGCACCACUUAUCCGGCCACCACAACGUCGUCUCGAUCGAAGGAGCCUACGAGGACGCCGUCGCAGUUCAUGUCGUCAUGGAGCUCUGCAAGGGCGGCGAGCUGUUUGAUAGAAUUGUCAAAAGGGGGCAUUACUCGGAGAAGAAGGCUUCGGAACUUACCAGAACAAUCGUCGGCGUGUUGGAAGCUUGCCAUUCCUUGGGAGUUAUGCAUAGAGAUCUCAAGCCGGAGAAUUUCCUCUUUGUUACCGGAGCUGAGGAUUCGCCUAUGAAGAUCAUUGAUUUUGGAUUGUCUGUCUUCUUCAAGCCAGGGGAAAUGUUCAGUGAUGUGGUGGGGAGCCCUUACUACGUUGCACCGGAAGUUCUGUGCAAGCGUUACGGGGCGGAGGCCGACGUGUGGAGCGCCGGAGUCAUAGUUUAUAUUCUUCUCUGUGGAGUGCCUCCAUUUUGGGGUGAAUCUGAGCAAGAGAUAUUCAAGGAGGUUUUGUACGGUGAGAUUGACUUCUCGUCACAUCCAUGGCCUAACAUUUCGGAGAGUGCCAAGGAUCUUGUCAAGAGAAUGCUUGCAAGGGAUCCCAGAAAACGGAUAACUGCUCAUCAAGUUCUCUCCCAUCCGUGGGUGCAGGUGGGCGGAGUAGCGCCAGACGAGCCUAUGCACUCUGCGGUUCUGAGCCGGAUGAUGCAGUUCUCAGCUAUGAACAAGCUCAAGAAGAUGGCAAUAAGAGUGAUUGCGGAGAGCCUCUGCGAAGAAGAGAUUGCGGGGCUAAGAGAAAUGUUCAAGGCAAUAGAUUCGGACAAUAGCGGCUACAUCACUUUCGAAGAGCUCAAGAUUGGCCUAUCAAGAUAUGGAGCUAAUCUCAACGAGUCUGAGAUACAUCAUCUCUUGAAAGCUGCAGAUAUUGAUAACAAUGGUGCCAUUGACUAUGGAGAGUUCAUAGCAGCGACGCUGCACCUGAACAAGAUCGACAAGGAUGAUCAUCUGAUUCGCGCAUUUUCCUACUUUGACAAGGAUGGGAGCGGCUACAUCACGCAAGACGAGCUCCAACGGGCUUGUGAGGAGUUCGGGAUCCAAGAUUUCCAGCUCGAAGAAAUGAUUCAAGAAGCAGACCAGAACAAUGAUGGUCGGAUAGAUUACAAUGAGUUCGUGGCUAUGAUGCAUAGAGGAAAUGCUGAUUUCAGUAACAAAAGGUUCAAGAAUAAUUUUGGUGUUGGAUUCAGGGAAGCAACGCCAGUUUGUUGAUACCAUUUUUUUUCCCUUUUUUUUUCGUUUGCAAAUUUGCAAUACUUUGUAAAUUAUAUACAAAUGGACCAACACCAUAUACUUUUUGUUUAAAGAAUUAGUAAUUUUUCGCC